GACCUUUCGCCAAAUCCACUGAAUCACUUGUAUGCAACAUUACCAACAAGGCAAAUGAAGUUUACGCACCAGCUGAAGUUUAAUAGUGUGCCGGAAUGGAGAGAACACUACAUACAGUAUGGACAUCUUAAGAAGUACAUUUAUGCGCUAGCUAAGAAGGAAGCGGACCUUCAAGCUGGCGGCCAAGAUGAGGAGGCGCUGCUCGCCCCGCUGUUGGAAGCGGAGCGUGAUCAGGGCCCCACGGAGGAGGGCUUCCAGCGGGAGUUAGACGCGCAGCUUGCGGCCACGCUAAGCUUCUUCGCGGUGAAGGAGGCGGACCUGCUCGCCAAGGUGUCCGCACUGGAGCUGGACAUUCAAAGCCUGGAGAAGAUCCCCAACCGCGCCGAGGCGUCCACACUGGCGCGCAUGGGCGGCAGCGCCAGCCCCGGCGGCCCCAUGAGCAGCCCGCGCGCCGCCGCCGCCGCCGCCAUGUCGGCCAUGGCCUCGCUGGUCAGCCACAGCCCCUCCACACUGGACCUGGCGCGCAUGGUCAACAGCACGCCGCCAGAGGACCACCGCAAGAUCCGGGUCAAGUUCUGGGAGAACCCGCCCCGCCACCUGUUCAGCACCAACCUCAACACGCGCAGGGCCAAGCUGCAGGCGCGCUUCCAGGACCUGUACAUCUCGCUGCACGACCUGCGCGAGUUCUUGCACAUCAACAAGGAGGGCUUCCGCAAGAUCAUCAAGAAGCACGACAAGCUGACCCGCGCCGUGGACCUGCGCGCCCGCUGGUGGCCCAACGUGGAGGCGCACCUGGCGCCCGCCGCCAAGCAGGCCGAGCUGGACGGCGCCAUCGGGGCGCUGACCGACCACUACGCAGUGCUGUACACGCGCGGUGACGUGGCUCAGGCGGAGGAGCAGCUGUCGCGGGGGCUGCGCGAGCACAUCACCGUGGAGCGAAACACCGUGUGGCGAGACAUGGCGGCCAUGGAGCGCAAGUACGCGGCGGUGUCGGUGAAGCAGGCGGCCGCGCCCGGGGCGCGCGUCACGUGGCUGCGCACGCACGCGCGCUGGCUGAAGCUGGCCCUGAGUGUGGCGGUGUUCGUGGUGCUGGCCAAUGUAGAGGUGUGGCCGGGCGCCGAGAACGAGCCGCGCAACAACUGCCUGGCGCUGCUAGUGUUCGCGUCGCUGCUGUGGAGCCUGGAGGCUGUGCCGCUGUUCGUGACCAGCAUGGCGCUGCCGCUGCUGAUUGUGGCGCUGGGGGUGCUGGUGGACCGCUCCAAGGACCCGCCGCAGCGCAUGACCCCGCAGCAGGCGGCGCCGGCCAUCUUCCACGCCAUGUUCUCGCAGACCAUCAUGCUGCUGCUGGGCGGCUUCGCCAUCGCCGCCGCCCUGUCCAAACACGCCAUCGCCAAGCAGGUGGCGGUGUCCAUCCUGUCCCGUGUGGGCCGCAAGCCGCGCAAUGUGCUGCUGGCGGCCAUGUUCACAGCCACCUUCGCCAGCAUGUGGAUCAGCAACGUGGCGGCGCCCGUGCUGUGCUUCGGACUCAUACAGCCCAUCCUCAGGACGCUGGACCCCGGCCACCCGUUCGCCAAGGCGCUGGUGAUGGGCAUUGCGCUGGCGUCCAACGUGGGCGGCAUGACCAGCCCCAUCAGCAGCCCGCAGAACAUCUUCGCCAUCGAGCGCAUGAGCCUGGACGGCCGCCCGCCCUCGUGGCUGGCCUGGUUCGCGGUGGCGCUGCCCGUGGCGGUCGCAUGUAACUUUGUGUGCUGGGGUCUGCUGCUGCUGUGCUACCAGCCCGGCAAGGCCAUCGCCGAGGUGCGGCCCAUCAAGCCCAACACCGACCCCAUCAAUGGCACACAGGUGUACAUCAUUGUUGUGUCGCUGCUGACGGUGGCGGCCUGGUGCGCCAACACCUUCCUGCAGCGCUACACUGGCGAGAUGGGCGUGAUCGCGGUGGUGCCGCUGGUGGCGUUCUUCGGCUUCGACGUGCUCAACAAGGACGACUUCAACAGCUUCCUGUGGAACGUGGUCAUGCUGGCCAUGGGGGGACUCAGCCUGGGCGAGGCCGUCAAGAGCAGCGGCCUGCUGGCGGCGCUGGCGCUCACCAUCAGCGACCUGGUCAUGGGGCUCAGCCUGUGGCAGGUGGCGGCCAUAUUCUGUGGCAUGGUACUUGUGGCCACCACCUUCAUCAGCCACACGGUGGGCGCCAUGGUCAUCCUGCCCAUCGUGCAGAGCGUGGGCGAGGCCAUGGCCGGCACGCCGCACCCCAAGCUGCUGGUCAUGGCGGCGGCGCUCAUGUGCUCGGGCGCCAUGGGCCUGCCUGUGAGCGGCUUCCCCAACAUGAACGCCGUGAGCCUGGAGGACAGCACCGGCAACGCCAUCGUGGGCACCGGCGACUUCCUGGCGGUGGGCGUGCCCAGCUCCGUGUUCGCGUACGGCAUCAUUGUCUCGCUGGGCUACGUGCUCAUGCUGGCGGUGGGCUUCUAGGGCGGGGGCGCGUAGGCGGGCGGGGACACGUAGGGGAGAUGCUAUAUCCUAUCAGGAGGGAGCGGUGGAGCACAGGGAAAGGUUCAGGCGGGUUGCUGUCUGGAUGGCGCUGGCAGGCCGGCGGGAAGCCAGGGGCGGUGGGGUGCACCGCGCCCGUCAGGCAUAAGGCCAAUGCCAAUGAAGUGUCACAUGCGAUGUAUGGCCAUGUUGAAGGCCGGGGUGCGACGGGUCUAGUUGUGAGGUCAGGGCGUUUCAUUACACACACGCCGACGCGCCACGGCCUACUGGGCCCACCCCACAUCUGGACGUGGAGCCCGCGUGGCGAUACGCGCACAGCUUCGCUGGUGGCCAGGGGACGCGGGGGUGACGCGAGUGAAAAGCCGAGUGGGCGGCACGCGGUGUGAGCGAUCAGGAAUGGACCGGCGCUGUGGCUGAGGUGCACUGUGAUGCGUGUGAGCUGUGUGAGCAUGACGGUGCGGGGAGAUGCGACGAACGGACGAACGCUGAGGUCGAGGAGAGCUGCUGGGGGCGUGCUAGUCGUAGCUACCAUACAGCGGAAGAGCGCGGGUUGUUAGUAUACCAUGCAGCGGAAGAGCGCGGGUUACACAACUAACACAAGGAGCUCCCCCUAGAGGCGGACUGGGGAGCUGGCUAGUCAGUAGGCUGCGAACGUCACAAUCUGCUGUGGCCUGCAAACCGUUUGCGGCGUGUACCGGUAUAUGACUGGUGCUGCCGGAGUACCGGGAACUUGCUUCGCAUCACCCUCUGCUCUUGUUUGUACAAGGAAUUCAGUGGU